GUCAAAAUGGCUUGUGGGAUACUAGUCCUUCUCAUUGCUGCGAUUGCUGCAUCUACUAAUGGGUAUAGCAGUAAUGGUUAUUAUCCUGAUGGUAAAGACUCCUACAGCUACACACCUAAAGUAGUUAAAUCUACUGCAUAUGCAAGCUCAAGCUCCUAUCAUGCGGGUUAUGCUGGGCACAAACUUAUUACUGGACAUGCCUACAGAUUUAAAGUAGGACGCAUAUUCAAUCGUUUCCACAGACUUGGUGUUGAACUUAUCGGACGUGGAAUCAAAUAUAAUGGAUUCUACUAUGGACGUCUUUGCAGUGCGACACAACUGUACGGUGCACUAAAUUCCUGUUAUGAAUCUUAUGGUAAUAUCAGAGACUGUUUCCCUGGUUUGAUUAAACAAGGAUUGAUUGGAAGACGCCAUAUUUACCACAAAUAUGGCCAUGGAUUUGGCUUAGGUGUCACCUUUGUAAAGAGAGGCAUUGUUUAUGGAAGAUCAUUUUACAAAUUUGGGUGCCGUCGACCAAAGUUCAUCCGUUAUAUGACUUCCUGCUACAAUAAGUUCCAUCAUGCAAGCACGUGUGUGUCAGUGUUGAGAAAACGACAUCUAAUCAGAACACCUCAUUCAUAUCAUGGUCACAUACAUCUUGCUGGAUACACACGUUUCCGCAGAUUUAAGAUUCGCCAUGGGAGAUUCAGAUAUGGAGGAAGAUAUUACAAACUGAGCUGCAAUAAAAGACGUUUCUAUAGUUAUUGGAACAGAUGUUAUGGCAGAUACCAUAGUGUUGGUAGAUGCUUUGGAUACCUAAGAAGAAAACAUUUGUUUUCAUAUUAUAAUGCAGGUUACUCAAGUGUUGCUACCAAUGCAUACGGAGCUGGUUACAGUAGUGGAAUUACAUUUGACUAUGGCUAUUACAGAAGUCAUCAUGGAUUUAGUAUAAGAAAUAAUAGAUUUACUUAUGGCGGAAUUGGAUAUAAACUGAUGUGCGCAAGAAGCCGAUUUUACAGACUAUGGGGUCAAUGCUAUAACCGAUACCACAGUGUAGGAAGCUGCUUUGGACGACUGAGACGACAACAUCUAUUCUAUAAAUACGGUGGAGCAGGUUACUCAAGUGUUGCUAUCAAUGCAUACGGACCUGGUUACAGCAGUGGAAUUACAUUUGACUAUGGCUAUUAUAGAAGUCAUCAUGGGUUUAGUAUAAGAAAUAACAGAUUUACAUAUGGCGGAAUUGGAUAUAAACUGAUGUGCGCAAGAAGCCGAUUUUACAGACUAUGGGGUCAAUGCUAUAACCGAUACCACAGUGUAGGAAGCUGCUUUGGACGACUGAGACGGCAACAUCUAUUCUAUAGAUACGGUGAAGGUUACUCGAGUGUUGCUACCAAUGCAUACGGACCUGGUUACAGCAGUGGAAUUACAUUUGACUAUGGCUAUUACAGAAGUCAUCAUGGAUUUAGUAUAAGAAAUAAUAGAUUUAUAUAUGGCGGAAUUGGAUAUAAACUGAUGUGCGCAAGAAGCCGAUUUUACAGACUAUGGGGCCAAUGCUAUAACCGAUACCACAGUGUAGGAAGCUGCUUUGGACGACUGAGACGACAACAUCUAUUCUAUAGAUACGAUGGAGACGAUUACUUCCAAGUUGGCGGUAAUGCAUACGGAGUUGAUUACAGUCCUGAGCCUAUAUUUGACCGUAGUUACUACAGUAGUCAUCAUGGAUUCAGAAUAAGACAUCAAAGAUUUUCAUAUAACGGAAUUGCAUACAGACUGAAAUGUAGUAGAAGUCGGUUCUAUAGACUCUGGGGUCAAUGCUAUCAUCGUUAUCAUAGUGUGGGGACCUGCUUUGGACGACUAAGAAGUCAUCAUCUCUUCUAUAGAUACCUUGGAGACCAUCAGGCUAUUCUGAACAAGCACCUGUAUCUGCACAAGAAAAUUGCUGAUAACCAUGUAAGAAGAAUCCAUAAUGUAGCCAAGAGUCAUGUCGCGAAAAUAUCACACGUAUCGAACAAACAUGUUCGAAACAUUCAAUUCCAGGCUAACAAACACGUAAGCAGAAUUGCAAACGAGGCUAGAAGUCAUAUGAAUAGAUUUAAACAACUCGUAGAUUACCAUAUUAGACGACUCCACAAACACACAAAAUAUCAUUUGUCAGCUGCAGAACAUCAACAUAAGAAGCAUUUGAAUGAACGCCAGUAUCAGAACAACAAGCAUGAGUUAAACGUGAGACGUCUCCAUAAGAAACAUGAAUAUAAUCUCAAGAAACAUGGUUAUGCUUAUGGUCACAGUUUUUCAUAUGGUGGCAAAGGACAUGCCUACAGAUUUAAAGUAGGACGCAUAUUCAAUCGUUUCCACAGACUUGGUGUUGAACUUAUCGGACGCGGAAUCAAAUAUAAUGGAUUCUACUAUGGACGUCUUUGCAGUGCGACACAACUGUACGGUGCACUAAAUUCCUGUUAUGAAGAUUAUGGUGAUAUAAGCAAUUGUUUCCCUGGUCUGAUUAAACAAGGAUUGAUUGGUAGACGCCAUAUUUACCAUAAAUAUGGCCAUGGAUUUGGCUUAGGUGUCACCUUUGUAAAAAGGGGCAUUGUUUAUGGAAGAUCAUUUUACAAAUAUGGGUGCCGUCGAUCAAAGUUCAUUCGUUAUAUGACUUCCUGCUACAAUAAGUUCCAUCAUGCAAGCACGUGUGUGUCAGUGUUGAGAAAACGACAUCUAAUUGCAACACCUCAUUCAUAUCAUGGUCACAUACAUCUUGCCGGGUACACACGUUUCCGCAGAUUUGCGAUUCACGGUGGGAGAUUCAGAUACGGAGGAAGAUAUUACAAACUGAGCUGCAGUAAGAAACGUUUCUACAGUUAUUGGAACAGAUGUUAUGGUCGAUACCAUAGUGUUGGUAGAUGCUUUGGAUACCUAAAAAAGAAAAAUCUGUUUUCAUAUUAUAAUGGUUACUCAAGUGGUGUGGUUUAUAAUACAUACGGACCUGGUUACAGCAAUGGAAUUACAUUUGACUAUGGUUAUUACAAAAGUCAUCAUGGAUUUACAAUUAGAAAUAAUAAGUUUUCAUAUGGCGGAAUUGGAUAUCAACUUAUGUGUGGAAGAAGUCGAUUCUACAGACUAUGGGGUGAAUGCUAUAACCAAUACAAUAGUGUAAGCAGCUGCUUUGGGCGACUGAGACGACAACAUCUAUUCUAUAGAUACGGUGGAGGAUAUGAUGGAGAGGAUGGUUACGUAGCAGUAGUCAAAGAAAAAGUGUACUAAUGAAUACCUCUAUACUGUAUAUGGACUUAUGAAAUGAAAUAAAAACAUUUUACUAUUAA